AUGGGCUCCAAAGUGAACUGCAAACUCCAAUACCAGCUCGUGUGUGCCAUAUGGUGUCUGACCUUCAACGCCGAAAUCGCUCGCAAGGCCCGAUCCCUUGGCGUCAUCCAGACACUCGCCGGCAUUUUGAAUGAAGCGACAAAAGAAAAGGUGAUCCGAGUUAUCGUGGCGACUUUUCGUAACAUCCUGGAGAAGGCCGGCGAGAACGGGCAGUGCCAGGCCGUCCGAGAGGUAAAAUCCGGGCAACUUUACUGGUCUCCUGUGCACAAAUCGGAAAAGUUCUGGCGCGAGAAUGCGGAGAGAUUUCACGAUAAGCGAUGGGAUAUCGUGAAGGCGCUGGUACAACUGCUGGAAACAGCUUCUGAUCCGCUUGUGCUUUGCGUGGCGGCUCAUGACCUCGGUGAAUAUGUGCGGCAUUACCCUCGCGGAAAGAAG